AUGCCUUCAACUCAGCCCACAUUAGGGCCCAGUCCAGUGGCAACAGCGGCAGUCAGCAGAUUCACUCCAACUACCAUUCCAGUCGCCAAGGUAGCGUCGACACCAGGUUCAUCAUCUGGUCUCUCAAAGGGUGCUCUCGCUGGCAUCGUAGUGGGGGUAGUCGUAAUCCUCAUAGCCAUCAUCGCAACAUGCUGGUGUCUGCUGCGGCGCAUCAACGCUGUAGCCAGGCAAUCUGAAGGCCAACGCACCUCGGGCUCCGGCUCAAACCGCACACCCAUGUCCAAGAACCGCGGCCCCAAUGGCGGCCACAUCGGGGCUCCACUCAGAGGCCCAACAAACGUCGACUUUGACAACAUGUCCAUCGACCCCCUGAUGAUGACCUCUUCCGGCUCUGCAACCCCUCAUCUCUCGCGCCCCACCCCAACACACAACCGAGUUACGAUACCCAAAUCACUCAGGCUCCCGCCCUCUCCCCACCCAUUCCAAGCCCCUACGCCUCACCCCUAG